GAUGAUCUUGCAUACAUACCUUUUACAUGCGAAAGUAAAGAAUGUAAACAGUGUUUAAAUGUGAGAGAAGAUUUUGACGAGUCGACGUUCAAUUUGGCUGACUGUCUAAAGUAUUGUCGUCUACAGAAUAAAUCUGGCUUUGCGUGUGUAGCAGGUUGUAAAAUCAUGAAUGACGUUAUAUCUUAUGGUGACAAUAAAUCAAUCCCAGUGGAUAAAAGCAAUCAUGCGGUAUUAAAUGGUGUGUCCCUUGGCUGCCGUAACCGGGACAGUAUCAUUCUUCAAAUCGACGCUGGAUAUACCAACUACAGUGCUAUCAACGAACCUCACGGGUUUAUUGUCUUGUUCAGAAAACAUGUCUCUGGAGAAUGGCGAACUACUUUUUUCGACCAAUUAAUGAUGACCUUCGAAAGCAUCGACAGUCUUCAAAUCGCUGUUGCUAUGGUAUCCAUACGUGGACUUGUUCUCAAGACGAUAAAUAACUCUUCUUUGGUUGAAGAAAUCUUAGCUCGACGCAAGAUGUUUUUCUCUUUUCGAAAAAGUUACAAUAUGUCAUAUCUACAACCAGUCAAAAACUAUACAAUCAAAUACACAUUGAACCCAAAAUCCGACCGAGAAGCCACCGUGGACAGUGUCAUCACUUGGACCCCGCCCAGCCCAAGCAAACCAUGUGACUACAAGCUGGACCUGUUUGAUUCUUAUACAUAUCAGUCAAAGUUAUAUUCAUUUAAAGAGCAUAACAAAUAUGACCAUCAUUAUCGACUUAUAUUCCAACAUACAUUCAAAAACCUGAAAGUAGAUGAACCAUAUGUCUUAAAGAUUUUUUCUGAAGGUACCCAAGGUCAUGAAAGGGAGAUAAGGAUAAAGAUGAGGACGCCAUCGGUCCUCUCAUUUAUCAACAAAACACAUGAGAAUACUCAUAAGAAUCAGUCAUUGCCGGUGCAUACUUCCCCACCAUUAUCACUUCCAGGACCUCUAAGAAACGUCAGCGUGACGUCAUUAAUUUACCUUGGAAACGGCACUUCCUUAGCAACAGUAACAUGGCAACCACCUAUAGUGACAUCUCUUCAUUUGUCAAUUACUGGUUAUAAAAUUUGUUGGAGGUCAGCUGCAGUACAGAAAAACAUAUUGCCUCACGAGCUAAAGAGAUAUUCGGACGUUCUGUAUUUGAACCCGAACAACACGACUUGUGAAUUUGAGGUCAACACUGGGUUGGUGUACAAUCUCAGGGUUUCUGCAAAUUCAACUUUUGGCGAAGGGAAAGUAACAUUGCUGUCUUUUACUGCACCUUUUCCCCCGACCAAURAAUCAAACACAAGCAUCAUUACCCCGUAUGUUGUUACAAAGUACAACAAAGACUCAAGUCAUCUGAUUGYAAUUGGUGUUCUKCUGGCCCUUGUGUUGCCUUCAUURGCCGUAGGACGGUAUCUUUACAAGAAACGAAGACARCGUGAGGCUAAAGCUAUGAGGAUACAAUUACGUGAAGAGUUCCUCGAAGAAGGGUUGAUACUACCCAUUGGUGAAGCAGACGAAUGGGAAGUCAGCUACGAUUUGAUCGUACUCGGUGAGGAGAUUGGGUCUGGUGCAUUUGGUACAGUAUGYAAGGCUCGUGUAAGCUCGUUACCAGCCUACCCCGACCAAAGUGAUCUGGUGGUUGCCGUCAAGACUUUGAAAGCUAUGGCAACGAUCGAUGAUCAGAAGGAUUUUCUCGCUGAAAUCGCCAUGAUGAAGCACAUAGGAAAACAUCUCAACGUUGUUAGUAUGCUGGGAUGUGUUACUCAGGGGGGUCCCCUGUGUCUCAUCACGGAAUAUUGUCGUUAUGGAGACCUCAGAAGCUAUCUACGACUAAUACGUGACAAGAACAAAAUCCAUCCUCAUUUUAAGCUUGGCCCUGCGUAUGAGAUGCAUCGGCAUAAUUUCACGCCAACCAAAAAGAGCUUCGGAGAGCCGGAAAACCUUAACAAACUAUUUUCAACCGCUUAUGCAAGAGAAGGAUUUCACCCAACAUCAUCAACGCUUCAUAACUCGUCCAGAACACAAACUGGUGGAAUGCACCGACUAAGGAACUGCUUUUGUAUUGGAAACUGYAGCUGUUCAAAACUACGCUCUCUGUCAACGAMUGGAGGUGAAUAUUGCAACGAAAGAGUAUUAGGGAGUAGUGAAUCUUUCUUGAGUGAAAACAGCACCAACCCCUUCAGGAAUCCUCUAGAUAACACUCCUCCAGCAUCACUCGCACAACCGCUGACACCUACCAAGCUGAACAUGCAGGCGAGUAGCGCUUACAAUUUUCCUACCAGCCARAAAAUGGAACACCAGUCGACUGAAKGCUCGAAUCAAAUCGAUUGCAGCGCGCCAUAYAUUUCGCCUCUGCCAGUUUUUAGACAAAGUAGCAAUGAACAACUAGUUGAUAUUGUAGCGGGAGAAGAUGAGAUGCUGGUUAAAUUUACUAACUACCAAGAMUGUCGAUCAAAUGGUAAUGUCCCCACUGUCGAGACCGAAGAUGAUACCACAGGCAGCCCAACCCUCGAUAGAAAAGAACUAACUCAAAACGAAUUGAUGUCCUUCGCAAGACAAAUAGCUGUCGGGAUGGAGUAUUUAUCACAGAAGAAGUUUGUUCACCGAGAUCUUGCUGCUCGAAACAUUCUGGUUUGUGAUAACAACCUUGUGAAGGUGUCUGAUUUUGGUUUGACACGUGACGUGUACACGAGUGUUGAGUAUCAUAAGUCAUCCAAUUCUACUAAACUGCCUCUUAAAUGGAUGGCUCCUGAAUCGUUGUUCGAGAAUAUAAAUACAUCUAAAAGUGAUGUAUGGUCUUAUGGAAUUUUACUCUGGGAAAUCGUUACGCUAGGGGGCAGUCCUUAUCCUGGAAUUUCAGGAAAAGAUCUGUGUAAAAUGCUUAAAGAUGGUUAUCGAAUGGAAAAACCAGACAUGUGCAGUCAACAAAUAUAUGAGAUCAUGACGUCAUGUUGGGAGUUCCAGCGAGAACACAGACCAACCUUUACGGAACUACGUAGUGAGCUAGAAAGUCUGAUGGAAAUUGAAGACGAAGUAUACAUCGACGUAAAUCUUGAUGACAAUGUAUAUUCGCUACUUGUUCGACAUUCAAGUGGGGACUCAAGUUCUUAGUGAUGCAAAAACACUAAAGAUGUUUCACUCUAUUGUAAAAUAAUGUAAAAUAUGAAUUUGUCC